AUGCUGCGACGCACACAGCGCUGGCUGCUACUUAACGUCUCUGGCGAGAGUCCGUCCUUCCGCUCGAAGCCCGUGCGGAACCUUCAGAUGGAUGUUCAGAUGAGCCCCUAUAAGGAGCAGUUCAAGGACUACUGGUCCACGCCGGUACCAUGGGCGGAUCGCGAGUACGGGGAAAAGCCAAAAAUUGGAGCUCCUAUACCUACGCGCCGCGCGGCCACAGCUAUCGUCGUAGGCAAAAACAAGCACGUGGCUGUUGACAAAGUUGAGCGGGGUGAGGACAAUGACUACAAGGUGCUGAUGAUGUUCCGUGAGGGGAAAAACCGCUUUGUGCGGGACCAGUUCAUUUUUCCAUCGUUUCCCAUCAGCUUAGAAGACUCCUCGGAAGACUGGGGGAAAAUUCUGCGUCGUCGUGGCGUGAAGACGGCGUGGAACGAUUUGCAUCACCGCCUUUGCGCGAUGCGUGCACUUUUUGCACAGAUGAAUAUUCUUCUGGUGCCCAAAGAGGGCGGUGGGCUUGUAGAGGUUGAAGGACCGCCUGGGCCGAAGAAGUGGCAUCUACUCGUUCACUCCCAGCCAACGGCGAUGAAGAACCUUGUGGAUGUCCUUGAGUUGCCCAUGGAGACAUGUCUAUCGCAAUUGCUUCCUUUUCGCUGCAUCACAACACCCACAACGGAGACAUUUCGCUUUGACAACCUUGUUUAUCUUGUUCCCUUUGAGAAGAUACCUGACGUGCGAUUUACGAUUAGUACGGUUGGAGAGAAACUUGUGUGGGUUUCACCCAUGGAGGCCAUGGCGAGGUUCAACGCCGGUAUUAUGAACAUGCCGACUCCAAACAUCAUUGCAAUAUCGGAGCUGAAUAACGAAUGCCCAACCUUUGCAGAUGUGAUAAAGCGAAAACCGCAUGAUGACUAUCGCUCCAUUCUUCCUGAACUCUACCGUCAUAGCCAAACCAAAGUCGCCACUGUUCUUCUUCCUGGUGAUCUCAUGCAUCCCAAUACCACGGGAGAAGACAAGGCAGAAAGGUACAUUCGUCGAUUUGUGUAUGAAAAGGACUAUCCCUUUGGCGUUCGGGCAGUUUUUGAAGAGAGACCUGCAACACCAGAAGAAAUGAAUGAGCCUUUGAUUCAAGAAGCACCAAAAUUGUUGGAGGAAGCCAACGAAAUGGAUAUGGUGUACGCCGAUACCCCAUACCCGAAGCGGGAGAAACAACCGGGAGAGAUUGGCCGUACCCGCUUCCCUGUUCCAAGUUACUCUUUUCAAGAAGGCGCUGAGAACGAGGAGGGUGUCAUACCCGUCCGCAACAGAAACAUUGAGAGUGUCGGUGACCUUUACUCUCACACAAAUUGA